GUCACCAAUUCUGCCUGUGUGUUUUUGUCGACUUUGCUACAUGUACAAUGUCAGAAUUUUGGCUUGCUGGAUUUUGCCUAUUUCUCCAGGUUUCAUUAAUCUAUACUGGGUAUUCGUCAGCAUUGGACUUAAACAAUGGACCGAAUACUUGUACAAAUAGAAAAUUUAUUCAAGGUCACCCACGGAUUAAGGGCCCUCGAUCCCUAGAUGAUCGAAUUGCAAUUGUCGGCGCCGGGCCCUCCGGUCUACACAUGGCCUAUGAACUCAAGAAAAGAGGAUACAGCAACAUUGUUGUUUUUGAAAAACGAGGCGAAGUAGGCGGAAAAACCUAUUCUCGUUUCUAUAGAAACGUGUGGGAAAAUUUCGGAACGGCUGUAAUUGGUGAAACUUACGAUAGGACUGUCAAGCUGUUGGAAACAUUUAACGUCGGGUUCGAAGUUCUACCCCAGGGUGAAAGCAGUACAUGGUUAAACAACAACAAUUUUGUACCCACCAUCCAAGCCAGUCCCGUGCCCCUCCCCAGACUUCGUGAGGCUUCGGAGCGGUACAUAGCUCUACAUAGAUGUUAUUUUGACGAAUACGAGGGAGAGUUGAUGCCUCGACCGUCCAUAGACGUCCUGUACAAGAUUCGAGGUACGGUGGAUGAUUUUCUGGAAAGACAUAACCUAACAGACGCUAGGCCAAUAUUUUAUAAUGCCCUUACUUUUAACGCCUAUGGUUUUUUGAACGAAACAUCUGCAAUAUACGGCUUACUGCUCCUGACGCCAGCUACUGUUCUCUCCUUAUUCAAACCAGAACAGGGAUUAUUUCGACUCGAAGGUGGUUGGCAAAAUCUUUGUCGGGAAAUGGCCAGAAGGAUAAACGUAGAUAUUCGCCUAAACGUUGACAUUUUGCGCAUUGUCAGGAGAAAAGGUGUUAGAAUAGAUUAUAAAAACCGAAUUUCGAACGAAUUGCUUACAGACAAUUUCGAUUUCCUCAUUCUCUCACCAUCAAUGAAUUCACUAUUUGACGUUGUAGAUUUUAAUGUCCAUGAACUAAGAAUAUUCACUCAACUGAGACAUUUAUAUUUUGUGAAAUCACUUAUUAAUUCUAUGAAGCCGGGAAAACGGUCUCUUGCUCCCAUUGAUUUAUUUCCUUAUAAACUUGAACAGGCGGAAUAUGCGGUGUUUCGGAGUUAUAACUCGCAUCAAGUUGAAAAUAACGUUACAGGAAUUGAUUAUCAACAAGGAAGAAGAGAAAACACGGACCCAGAUGGGUGGAUGUAUGAAUCCGUUCUCUACUCGCAUACUGGUAAAGCGAACCCCUGGGACAAACAAGUGGAUGAAUACAUACAGAACCAAAUAUAUCAGCACCUUCGUGAUUUUAACAAAGUCAACCCGCGUAUUGUUGAGCAAGUCAAAUGGAACUUUUAUUUUCCGAACUACCCCCCUGGUGUGGACUCUGACACCGCUCUCUGAGAUAUCAUAGACAUGCAAGGGAGAUAUAACACUUGGUACAUUGGGGCGUCAGUGUCGUUUGAUUACAUUGAAGGAGUUAUAGAGUACAAUCAUUUGCUUUUAAGGCUCUUUAAGUGAAAAAGGGGGGAAAACAACUCAAGAGGACGUUAAAGUAACUAAAGCUUCAAAUGAUGCAAUUAUUCUUUUCUUUCUUGGUUUUGGUGGUUGGCAUUACUUAAGGAUCAAUACCUACAGUACCGAUCAGACCCAACCUAACAGAAAGUAAACCCCAACUAAACCCUGAGUUUACUUUCUGGGUUAACUCUGGGUUUACCAGAGUGGACCUAGAGUGGACCCAGAGUAAACACAGAGUAAGCCCCAAGUAAGCCCAGAGUGGACACAGAGAGUAAACCCCGAUCAGAAGUAUACCCUGAAAGCAGAUGCUACAUGUGUGUUCGGAAUAUACAAGGGAGAGGAAUAACAGGCAGUAGGAUGACAAGAUAAAAUACAGGUCUGCUUUACACUUCAGUGCGUAUAGUUGACUCCAAAAGCAAUUCUCGAGUAAACCCAAAGUAAACCCCGAGUAAACCCAAAGUAAACCCUGAGUGGACCCAAACUUUCAAAAAGUAAACCCAAAGUAAACCCGGGGUGUACUUAGGGUUUACUCUGGUGUUAGGUAGGACUGUAUCUACCUAGUCCUUUUUGCAAACGGAUGCACAUAGGGCAAGAACUAAGGAUUUAAUUCAUUCUUCUCUGUUUUUGCUAGCCUUCCUCUUCUCCCCAGGUAAGGUUCAUGUCCUUAAGUUCGUUUUCGACAGUUUGCCUCCACGUUGUUCUUGGUCGGUGUUUCCUCCUUUCCCCUUUUGUUGUCCAUCUUAAUACCAGUUAGGGACCAGUAGAUACAUUUUUUCUUCUUUCUUUUUUUUCGGGGGGGGGGGGGGGGAUGGAGGUGUAAUACCAACAUUUAAACGCGAACAUUUAUACAGAACUGGAGGCAUAAUCACAGAUUCGCUUACCAAAAGUUGUACAUGUAUAUAUUUUUUGUUAAAUAAAACAAUUCUAAUCGAAUAUUUGAAUCUCAUUUUGUAAUCAAACAAUGUACAGACCAGGUCAUACGUAAUGAUCUUUCUCGCCAAACACCAAAACAAUGCUAGAAUAACAUUUUGC